AUGGCCAAAAUCGACCACCACGGCGGUUGCCAUUGCGGCGACGUGCGGUGGACCGUGCGCGCGGCGGCAUCGCUCGUCGCCUGGGACUGCAACUGCAGCGUCUGCGCGAUGAAGCGGAACGUCCAUUUCAUCGUCCCCGCGGCGGACUUUUCGCUGCACACGCCCGCGGAGCGCCUGAGCGAGUACAACUUCGGCACGGGCGUCGCGCGCCACCUCUUUUGCAGGCGCUGCGGCGUCCAGAGCUUCUACCACCCGCGGAGCAAUCCCGACGGCGUCGGCGUGACGCUGUACUGCGUCGACGAGGGCACGAUCGCGGACGUCGAGAUCCGGAAGUUCGACGGGCGGCACUGGGAGCGGAGCCACGCGGCCACGGGCAUCGCCGCGUGCUCUAAGGUCGCGACUUAG